AUGAGAAGGAAGCUAAGAAAUGGAAAGGGGGCCCGCGCUGGGAUAUGCCCAGGCGCGGGCGAAAUCGCUGGAGCGCUGAGGCAGUCGCGCGCGGCUAAGUCCCCACUGCAAGGGCGGGCUAGCGGCGCGCGCCCGAAAACCGCCGGCGCCGGCGCGCUGAGGCACUCGCGCGCGCCUAAGUCCCCACCACAGGGGCCAGGCUAGCAGGCGCGCGCAACGACCGAGGCGCCCCUGUCGAGCUGAGAGUGGACUCUUCACACCAUCAAUACUCGAAGGAAGUCUCCCAAGUUUGCGGCCGGAGUCGACAUCAGCUACCGGUUUGUUCGUUGCAAGCAUUGUCGGCGCGAUGGUGUAGUCGUGAGGGCGCGCGGGCGCGCACUCAGUGGUCGAGGGUUCGAUCCGCCCGGAGCGUGAUCUGCCUUUUGGUUUCUUUUCCUUUUUGUUAUCCGAGGCCCGGCUUCGGGGUUUUUACCGGUGCCUUGCAGGCAAUCCUUUUUACCCCUGAAGCGACCUCGUGGUGUAGUUAUUUGAUUCAGUCUUUCCUUCGCUCGGAGCACUUCCCUCCUUUUGCUUUUGCCACCCUUCCCCUAGAGCUUGGUCCACUCAUUAUCAUGACUCGUACCCUCCCUCUUUUUACCCAUUUCGCUGGCAAUUAAGUCCGUUACACUUGAUUUGCUGCGAAGCCUUCCGACCGAAUCCACUCCUCGGUUGCUCUCGGUCGACUGCCGCCGCCCAGCCGACUCGACCUUCCCAUCGGCCUGGUCAGCUAUUUCUUGGAUCGUUUGCCCUUCCUCUUUUGUCCGACCUCGUUGGCCACCAUAGUCCGGUACACUGGACUUGCUGCGAGCCUUGCAGCCGCGUAUCCUCCGCGGUUGCCUCUCGGUCGACUUCCGCCGCCCAGCCGACUCGACCUUCCCACCGGCCUGGUCAGCUAUUUCUUGGAUCGUUUGCCCUCCCUCUUCUGUCCGACCUCGUUGGCUACCAUAGUUCGGUACACUGGACUUGCUGCGAGCCUUGCAGCCGCGUAUCCUCCGCGGUUGCCUCUCGGUCGACUGCCGCCGCCUCGGUCGACACCCCCUUCGCUCCUUCGCGCUUUCGCGCGCUCUCUCGCUCUCUCCCUCGUCUCUCGCGUGUAGUCAUCGUCAUCCCCUCCGACGUUGCCUGUCACCUGUUGAUUGCGCCUUCGGGCCCUGGGGUCAUGGUUACGACGCAGGCUCUCCCGGUUCCCCUCAUCUGGCCGAGAACAUUAUGGACGCCGUCGAUUGGUCUAUCGGCCGCCUCUCUCCUCCCAUCGCUGUCAAUCGAGUUCACGCUAUUGCUACGGCCCCUGCCAACUAUUCGAUCAACUCUACUACGUCAGCGAUGUAG